AUGCCAAGAAGCAAGUGGGAAAACAAAGACUCCAAAGUCAUCACUUGUCUCCUCUUCCUUUCUUCUCGGCAAUACCCACAACACACCAAAGAAGAAGAAGAAGAAGAAGAAGUGACUUCCAGACACAUCAUGUCUCCUCCUCCUCCUCUCCAAUGCCUUACAAUAUCCUUUGUCCUAAUCCUGUUUCUGAGCUUUUCCAGUGUUCUGUCUCACUCCGACCGGAUCACCCGUUUACCCGGUCAACCCCGGGUCGGAUUCCAGCAGUACUCGGGUUAUGUCACCGUCCACGAAAAGAAACAGAGGGCUCUGUUUUACUACUUGGCCGAAGCUGAAAACGAUCCCACUAAUAAGCCUCUCGUCCUCUGGCUCAAUGGAGGACCUGGAUGUUCAUCUUUGGGUGUUGGUGCAUUCUCAGAGAACGGACCAUUUAGACCAAAAGGACCGGUUCUGGUCAAGAAUCAACAUAGCUGGAACCAAGAGGCAAAUAUGCUGUAUCUAGAGACCCCAGUUGGAGUUGGAUUCUCAUAUUCAACUCAGUAUGAGACUGUGAAUGAUAAAAUCACUGCAAGAGACAACCUUGUGUUCUUGCAAAGAUGGUUCCUCAAGUUCCCUCACUAUCUCAAUCGAAGUCUCUUCAUCACUGGUGAAAGCUAUGCUGGCCAUUAUGUUCCCCAACUAGCUGAGCUUAUGAUUCAGUACAAUAAGAAGCACCAUCAUUUGUUCAAUCUCAAAGGAAUUGCAAUUGGCAAUCCUGUUUUGGAGUUUUCCACUGAUUUCAACUCGCGGGCUGAGUACUUCUGGUCUCACGGCUUGAUCUCGGACUCCACUUACAAAAUGUUCACUUCUUACUGUAAUUACUCGCGCUAUGUGAGUGAGUACUAUAGAGGCUCAGUGUCUAGUAUGUGCUCUAAAGUGAUGAGUCAAGUUAGCACUGAGACUAGUCGGUUUGUGGACAAGUAUGAUGUCACUCUCGACGUCUGCAUUCCCUCUGUGCUCUCUCAGUCCAAAGUCGUAAGCCCCAACCAAGUAGGAGAAUCUGUGGAUGUAUGUGUGGAAGAUGAGACGGUGAAGUAUCUAAACAGAAGAGAUGUGCAGGAAGCUCUUCAUGCUCGGCUCGUAGGUGUACGUGAAUGGACAGUUUGCAGCAACGUGCUUGACUACCAAUUGCUUGAUGUGGAGAUACCAACGAUUACUAUCGUGGGCAGCCUUGUUCAAGCUGGAGUGCCCGUUCUUGUCUACAGUGGAGAUCAAGAUUCAGUGAUCCCGUUGACAGGAAGUAGAACUUUAGUGAGCAGAUUGGCUAAGCGGUUGGGACUGAGAACAAGUGUGCCUUAUCGAGUCUGGUUUGCAGGACAACAGGUCGGUGGCUGGACUCAAGUCUAUGGAAAUGUCUUGUCAUUUGCAACAGUGCGAGGAGCUUCACAUGAGGUCCCAUUCUCACAGCCUGAGAGAUCACUAGUGCUCUUCAAAGCUUUCUUAGAUGGUCAUCCUCUUCCUGAAGAGUUUUAA